AUAUCUGUGAUCCCCUGGCAUAAUAUUUGAAUUAUAAAUGUAAAAGAAUGGCAAGUCCUCUACCUCCCUAUCCUAGAUCGGACACAAGGGAGAAGUUACAUCAGUGUAUGGAGUGUGGAAAACAAUUUGAUUGGAAAAGUCAUCUUACUAUACAUGAACGGACCCACACAGGGGAGAAGCCAUAUCAGUGCAUGGAAUGUGGAGAAAGCUUCAGUGAGAGUGGCAGUCUACGGUCCCAUCAAGGGAUCCACACAGGGGAGAAGCCAUAUAAAUGUAUGGAAUGUGGAAAGAGCUUCAGUCGGAGUGACCACCUACGUUCCCAUCAAAGGAUCCACACAGGGGAGAAGCCAUAUAAAUGUAUGGAAUGUGGAGAAAGCUUCAGACAGAGUGGCACUCUACGUUCCCAUCAAAGGAUCCACACAGGGGAGAGGCCAUAUAAAUGCAUGGAAUGUGGAGACAGCUUCAAUCGCAGUGACAGUCUACGUUCCCAUGUAAGGACCCACACAGGGGAGAAGCCACAUAAAUGCAUAGAAUGUGGAGAAAGCUUCAGUCAGAGUGGAAAUCUACGUUCCCAUCAGAGGAAGCACACAGGGGAGAAGCCAUAUAAAUGCAUAGAAUGUGGAGAAAGCUUCAGUCACAGUGGCAGUCUACGUUCCCAUCAAAGGAAGCACACAGGGGAGAAGCCACAUAAAUGCAUAGAAUGUGGAAAGAGCUUCAGUCAGAGUGGAAAUCUACGUUCCCAUCAGAGGAAGCACACAGGGGAGAAGCCAUAUAAAUGCAUAGAAUGUGGAGAAAGCUUCAGUCACAGUGGCAGUCUACGUUCCCAUCAAAGGAAGCACACAGGGGAGAAGCCACAUAAAUGCAUAGAAUGUGGAAAGAGCUUCAGUCAGAGUGGAAAUCUACGUUCCCAUCAGAGGAAGCACACAGGGGAGAAGCCAUAUAAAUGCAUGGAAUGUGGAAAGAGUUUCAGUGUGAGUGGACAUUUGUCUUCCCAUCAAAGAACUCACACAGGGGAGAAGCCAUGUAAAUGCAUGGAAUGUGGAGAAAGCUUCACUCACAGUGGCAAUCUACGUCGCCAUCAAAGGACACACACAGGGGAGAAACCAUUUGAAUGCAUGGAAUGUGGAAAAAGCUUCUGUCAGAGUGGACAAUUGUCUUCCCAUCAAAGGACUCACACAGGGAAGAAGCCAUGUAAAUGCAUGGAAUGUGGAGAAAGCUUCACUCACAGCAGCACUCUACGUCACCAUCAAAGGACACACACAGGGGAGAAGCCAUAGAAAUGCAUGGAAUGUGGAGAAAGCUUCAGUCAGAGUGGCACUCUAUGUUCCCAUCAAAGGAAGCACACAGGGGAGAAGCCAUAUAAAUGCAUGGAAUGUGGAGAAAGCUUCAGUCACAGUAACACUCUAUGUUCCCAUCAAAGGAAGCACACAGGGGAGAAGCCAUAUAAAUGCAUGGAAUGUGGGGAAAGCUUCAGUCACAGUGUCAGUCUACGUUCCCAUCAAAGUAAGCACACAGGGGAGAAGCCAUAUAAAUGCAUAGAAUGUGGAGAAAGCUUCAGUCACAGUGGCAGUCUACGUUCCCAUGAAAGGAAGCACACAGGGGAGAAGCCAUAUAAAUGCAUGGAAUGUGGAAAGAGCUUCCGUGAGAGUGGAACGUUGCGUAAACAUCAAAGGACCCACACAGGGGAGAUGCCAUAGAAAUGCAUGGAAUGUACCAGUCAGUGUUAAGCUCAGUGCCCCGUCGUACCUUAGAAUUACUAAUGAGUCAGAUCGGUGGAUUACAAACAACACUGAGGUACAAUUAAACAAAAGAAUCAGGUGGCACAAGGUCAAUACUGAUGCUAUAAACAAGUCCCUUAAUUCCAUAGAUUUCACAAAUUGGUCAGCUACAAUACAAACCCCUUCAUCUGACUGGAUGGCAGUUAAUACAGCAUUCUCGAAUAUAUGCAGCCAAUUAAAAAUCAUUUAACUGCUAACGCUACUCUGUUAAGCACAAAAAGAAAUAGAGAUGAUUGGUUUGAUACUGAAUGCCAAUCCAUCAGGAAAAGUCUUAAGAGCCUAACGAGAAAGGCGCAGGGCUCUCAGCCUAGGACAGUACAUAACAAUAUGUUAGAAUUGAGAAGGAAAUAUAAGCAAACCGUCAGUGAGAAAAAGAAAAAUCAUAGAGUAUCCAUUUGGAAUGAGUUAGAACUUGCAGCUAAAGGGAGGAACACAAUUCUCUUUUGGAACUCAGUAGCUGGAAUUUUUAAAGAAAGGAAAUAUGCAUUUGAUGCACCUAUCCCAGCUGCUAAUUGGGAGAACUAUUAUCAACAACUGUUUGCCCCUUCGUCUCCUCCAAAGAACCUUGUCACUCCUAGUAUAGACCAUUCUGAAAAGCUGCCAGACUGGCCCCCAACAACGGUCCAGGAAAUAAAGAGCAUAAUUAAAAGCUUAAAUAACAACAAAGCUCCCAGAGAAGACUUCUUACCACCAGAACUAUUUAAAUCCAACCCUGACUGGUGGGCUCCCCUGAUAGCAGGUCUAUGUAAUCAUAUAAGGAACACUGCCAAUAUACCUACAGGCUGGAAACUCGCAAUAAUCAUCCCUAUUUACAAAAAAGGGUGCACAAAAGAUCCAAAAAAUUACAGACUUAUUAGUCUCAUUGAUAUAGUGGCCAAAAUUUAUUCAAAAGUACUUCUCUCCAAAUUAGAACUAUGGGAAUAUGAAAACAAAAUCUUAGCAGAAGAACAAGCCGGCUUUAGAUCCGGAAGAUCUACCAUGGACAACUGUUUUGUAACCAGACGAAUAGGAGUGACAGGACUGACAAUUGUGGAAUUGGAAAUGGAACUUUGAGAUAGCGAACGCUGACCGUCAAUGAGGAUAAAUUGGUUUGUAUUGGUUUUAUUGGUUUUAUGGUUGUAAUGUAAGAAUUGUUGUUUAAUUGUUAAUUGAUGUUAUUUUGUUUUAUUGCUGUUAUGUGAUGCGGGCAUCGAAUUGUGCCUUGCUUUUGUAAGCUGCCCUGAGUCCCCUUCAGGGUGAGAAGGGCGGGGUAGAAGCAACCGAAAUAAUAAUAAUAAUAAUAAUAAUAAUAAUAAAUCACCUAAUUAACAAACAUCUAAAAAGAAAGAG